AGCGGCACACAGCUCAGAUCACAAACACCUGAGCUCCGGUUACUACCGACACACGGAUCCACUUUACACCGUUAUAGAGGUCAUAAGACGCUUCAUAACGAGCUGCACGAGACAGGAAGCGUCAUUACUGCACUUUUGUCUUUCAUCACCUUGCUCUGACUGGGAUACUUGUGUGUGUGUGUUUGCUUUUGGACUUUACGGGUUUGAACACUUGGGACCGUUCCGGUGCCGUUAUUAACGGAACUCUAGUCAGCUCGCGGUUGACAUUUCUCGGAUAGCGCGCGAGCCAUUUAAGGAGCUCUGCUUUCACUUUGCGUGCGAUGCCAAGCGGCCAGGAGCUCACGCGCACUUGGGAUUAAACGCAGCAGCAGCAGCAGCAUUCAUAAUAAUAAUAAUAAUAAUAAUAAGUUACUUUUGCCGGUCACGGUGAAGGAGCGCGUGCCCCGGGGCGGGGGCGGCAGCUGGUUCUUGCCUGCAGCGCGCGCGCGCUCUCCCUAAAUGCCCGGCCGCUCGCGGGACUCGCCGCGCUCUCGAGGCUGGACGGAGAGAUGAGCUCGUGCGUCGUGCUGCUCGUCGCGCUCGUGGCGUGUCUGCGGCUUGGUGGCGCGCAGGACCCUCUCCCUGUGUCUCUGGUGAACUUGGUGAUGAACUCAUCCAUCUCAUCCAUGAAGGACCUACAGGAGCUGCUGGACGUUCACUCCGUAGAAGAACAAGAGGACGAGGAUCAUUCAAAUGGAACGCAUAAACGCCUUGCCAGAAGUCUCGAUGAUGUGCAGAUGGCUCAGCCGGCUGAAUGUAAGGUGCGAACCGAGGUGAUGGAGAUUACACGUUCCAUGUUGGACCGAACCAAUGCUAACUUUCUGCUAUGGCCACUUUGUGUGGAGGUGCAGCGCUGCUCAGGCUGCUGCAACACACGGACACUGCAGUGUGUCCCUGUUAGCACCAAGACACGCCAUCUACAGAUGACUAAGAUCCAGUUCAUCAACAGACUCCCCAACUACGAGAAGGUCAUCCUACCUGUGGAGGACCAUCUCAGCUGUAGCUGUAAAUCACGCACUGUCAGUCAAACCACUUGGACGAAGACUACAACAUCCCCACCUCCUCCCCCAAGACUCAUCACCAAACCCCCCAUCCCCAGGAGCCAAUCAAAAGAGGAGCUGCAUCGCCACGACGUCCUGAAACACAACCAGAGGUUGCAGCUGGAUGAUCAAGAGACUCGGUGGCAAUCGAAAUACACGCUGUCACACACGCAGAGAGCGCCCAUACACACACCUGCACACACGCAAGGCUUUGGCGUAACACAUAUGCUGAGUGACACGACGCAACACCUCACACCAAUUCAAAAGCACCACACACACCACUCAGAGCCGGAGAAGGUUCAGGAACACCACACACAUCCUGGCAGUGGAGACGACAACACAAAAUCCACGGCGAGCAGCGAACACCCGGAACAUCAUCAUCAUCAUCAUCAUCAUCAUCACCAUGACACAUCGACAAAACACCAACACGAGCUGAGCAAAUCACACACCACUGAGCAUCACCACAGCCAAUCAGAUGUGACGUUUCACCACAGCAGCCAAUUGGAAGCCCCUAUUGUCAGCUUCAGCCAUGUAGAGGUCAUUGGCCAGUCAAGCGGCCAAAGCGAGCUGUCUAGCCAAUCGUCAACGCCCAGUUUUCACCAAGUGAAAGAUGAGCGCCAAAGCCAGUCAGAGACAGACAAGCUAUCAGAGUCGGGGCAGGAUAAAACAGAGCAUCAUCAUCAUCGUCAUCAUCAUCAUCAUCAUCAUCCAACACAAGCUACCAUGCAAAGAGCAGUGACACACGCUCCCGCUAGCACGCCUCCUGCGCCUCACACACCCCCUCCGGCCCUCCCUCAGCGGAAACGAAGGAGAAAGCACAGGAGGAGAAUGAGCAAGUCUGCCAUGAGGGCCAUGAUCAUGGUCAUGUCCUAAACGAACCGGCACUUUGCCAUCAUGGACCAGAAGAAACCCGGAGAGACACGGGACACCGCACAGACACUGACACUGACACAUACACUGACACACUGGAAAUAUUGCUCACGAUAACUGGAAAUGAAAUGACUUUGGUCUCUGAUACAUAAACUCAAAAAUGACCGCAUUUCCCAGCAGCCAGCACAGCCAAGAAGCUCCGACGCUCGGCACUAUGGGAUAUCUUUAGCGUUCGUUGCACAUGAAAGAGACACUGCUGGCAUCGCCUGCCAAAUAAUGAGACUGCAUGGAAACCAAUGCAGGGAGAGGUUGCCAAAUAAUGAGAUUGCAUCUAAUACAAAGCAGACAGCCUGCCAAAAAAAUGAGACUGCAAUCUCAAACUAUGCACAGUCAGCGUGCCAGAUAAUGAGACUGUAUCAAAUACAAAGCAGACAACCUGCCAAAUAAUGAGACUGCAUGGGAAUCAAAUCAAUGAUGAUUUUGCCAAAUAACGCGAUUGCAUCUAAUAAAAAGCGAGACGCUGCCUGCCAAAAAACGAGACUGCAUCUCGAAUUAUGAGGAGUCAGCCUACCGAAAAAAUGAGACUGCAUCAUAAAUCAACGCCAAAUAAUGAGAUUGUACCUAAAACAGUGUAACACUGGCUGCCAAAUAGUGAGAUGUAAUUGUAAGAUAAAUACAUAAAGAAGAUGCCAGAUACUUAACCUCCACUUGCAAAAUAGUGAGCAAUAGUGACUAAUGGUGUGUGUCAUGUUGUCGUGUUUCUUGGAUUACUUUGUAGGGAGUCCACAAAAAGUCCAAUAUGGACUAUAAACUGCCGAUACAUACCGUACAAGUCCCAGUUACCCUGGACUGCAACGGAGCAGAUUAAAUCUUACAACUGUGGCUAAUCAAGAUAACUGGAUGCUACUGAACGGACACGAGGACUUGAGCCACAAGUUUACUGGGAGUGUUAAAUAUUACACAAAUUAAUUUAAAACCUAAUGCGAACCUCACAUUCGUCACAUACUGCUUGCUUGUAAAGUGUUCUUGUGUUGAAUAGCUUCAACUCUCGACAUGUGUGAUAGAUGUUUAACUGAGAUAUCGCACACUGGAAUUGUGUUUCUCAAGAAACAAAGCAGGAAAACAUGCUUCGCUGUACUACUAGCAACCCUGCUAAGCCAGUCGUAGCACAACUGGAAUAUACUGCAUGUUUUAGCUUGAGUGUGUUAGCCAAAACAAGCCCAAAUUAAAAAAAAAAAAAAAAAAACACCUGGUUUAUCAUGUGUUAUCAUCAACCUGUGAGGGGGUGAUAUAAAGAAUGUCAAAAACUGUGCUUCGUCACGCUAAAACUACUGAUGCUACAGAUGCUAGCAGGAACUUGUGUAUUAAAACUACUGUUUGCUAAGUAAUGCAUAAGGCUAUAUUGUAAAUGUUACAAAUUUUUUAUUUUUCUGCUUUUAUUUUUUUUCUUAACUUAUUUAUGAAACCGGUAGAUGUUUCCAUCUGCUUCUGACUGUAAUAAAACUGUUAUUAAUGAUAUUGUAAUAAUGUAAUAAUGCUAUUUUAAUAUAAAUAUAAAGAUGUGAGAAUCA